AUCCGGGUUCUGGGCGGAUCCUGUCCUGCUCCUCCUUCCUCGUACCUACCCCUUUUUGCGCGUCACCGCAGCGCCGGAAGGAGAUUCUGGGAUUUCUCUCUGCCGCUGGGUGGGAGGAGGAAAAGGGAGAGGAGGAGGCGGUAGCAGCAGGAGCAGCCGGCGGGGAAGAGUCCGGCAUAUGAUGGCCAAGAUAGAAGUAAAGUCUUACCAGCUGAAGUUGGGAUAGUCAUCUCUAUUGCAAUGGAUGGUUGGUACCAAGAAACAGCUUCAGAAACUGGCAAUUGGAUCUGCUAUAAAUAUUUGGCCUUAAGUUGACUAGCAACUAUAGUCAAGAAACCUCACAGGAAGUCUUUUUACACUGUUAUUUUAUACCACAAAUUCAAUCAUGUAUGGAAGUGCCCGGUCAGUUGGUAAGAUUGAACCAAGCAGCCAGAGUCCUGGGCGUUCACCAAGGCUGCCACGAUCACCACGGCUUGGCCACCGUCGCACCAACAGCACAGGUGGCAGCUCUGGAAAUAGUACUGGGGGUGGUAGUGGCAAAACACUUUCUAUGGAAAAUAUCCAAUCCUUAAAUGCUGCCUAUGCCACUUCAGGCCCUAUGUACCUAAGUGACCAUGAGAACGUGGGUGCAGACACGCCUAAAAGCACCAUGACUCUUGGACGAUCUGGUGGGCGUCUGCCUUAUGGCGUUAGGAUGACUGCUAUGGGCAGCAGCCCCAACAUUGCCAGUAGUGGGGUUGCCAGUGAUACAAUUGCGUUUGGAGAGCAUCACCUUCCUCCCGUGAGCAUGGCGUCCACAGUGCCUCAUUCACUGCGCCAGGCCAGAGACAAUACUAUAAUGGACCUCCAGACACAACUCAAGGAAGUGUUGCGGGAAAAUGAUCUGCUGCGCAAGGAUGUAGAGGUGAAGGAAAGCAAGCUUAGUUCCUCUAUGAAUAGUAUCAAGACAUUUUGGAGUCCUGAGCUAAAGAAGGAAAGGGCCCUGAGGAAAGAUGAAGCAUCUAAAAUAACCAUUUGGAAAGAACAGUAUCGCGUUGUACAGGAAGAAAACCAGCAUAUGCAGAUGACAAUCCAAGCUCUUCAGGAUGAGCUUCGGAUCCAGAGGGACUUGAACCAGCUUUUCCAGCAAGACAGCAGCAGCAGAUCCAGUGAGCCUUUUGUGACGGAGCUUACAGAGGAGAACUUCCAGCGGCUUCAUGCAGAGCACGAGCGCCAGGCCAAGGAACUCUUCUUGCUACGCAAGACCUUGGAAGAAAUGGAGUUGCGCAUUGAGACGCAAAAGCAGACCUUAAAUGCUCGUGAUGAAUCCAUCAAAAAGUUACUGGAAAUGUUGCAGAGUAAGGGACUGUCGGCAAAAGCCACGGAGGAAGAUCAUGAGCGGACAAGACGGUUGGCUGAGGCAGAGAUGCAUGUGCACCACCUGGAAACCUUACUGGAGCAAAAGGAGAAGGAGAACAACUUGUUAAGGGAGGAGAUGCAUCGACGCUUUGAAAACGCUCCUGACUCAGCCAAGACUAAAGCUUUGCAGACUGUUAUAGAGAUGAAGGAUUCUAAGAUCUCCUCCAUGGAACGUGGACUCCGAGAUUUGGAAGAAGAAAUCCAGAUGUUAAAGUCAAAUGGAGCACUCAGUACUGAGGAACGUGAGGAAGAAAUGAAACAAAUGGAGGUGUAUCGUAGCCAUUCCAAAUUCAUGAAAAACAAGGUAGAGCAACUGAAGGAAGAGCUAAAUGCCAAAGAGGCUCAAGGGGAGGAGCUGAAAAAGAGAGUGGCUGGUCUUCAGACUGAGAUUGGUCAGGUGAAGCAAGAACUCUCACGCAAAGACACAGAGCUGCUGGCCUUACAGACAAAGCUGGAAACCCUCACGAACCAGUUUUCUGAUAGCAAGCAACACAUAGAUGUGCUCAAGGAGUCGCUCACAGCUAAGGAGCAGAGAGCUGCCAUUCUGCAGACAGAGGUUGAUGCUCUCCGGCUACGUCUGGAGGAAAAAGAGACCAUGUUGAAUAAAAAAACGAAGCAAAUUCAAGAGAUUUCUGAGGAGAAAGGAACUCAAGCAGGAGAGAUUCAUGAUCUCAAAGAUAUGCUGGAUGUGAAAGAACGCAAGGUUAAUGUUCUUCAAAAAAAGAUUGAGAAUCUCCAGGAACAGUUAAGAGACAAGGAGAAACAAAUGAGCAGUUUGAAAGAGAGAGUAAAAUCCUUGCAGGCUGAUACUACCAACACCGAUACUGCCUUGACCACAUUGGAGGAAGCACUUGCAGAGAAAGAACGUACUAUUGAGCGUCUGAAGGAGCAACGUGACAGAGAUGAACGAGAAAAACAGGAGGAGAUUGACAACUUUAAAAAAGAUGUUAAGGACCUGAAAGAGAAAGUCAGCGUCUUGCAAGGAGAUCUUUCGGAGAAAGAGACUUCAUUGCUGGAUUUGAAGGAGCAUGCCUCAUCUUUAGCAUCAUCCGGACUAAAGAAAGACUCUAGAUUGAAGACACUAGAAAUUGCCUUAGAACAGAAAAAAGAAGAAUGUCUGAAACUGGAAUCUCAGCUGAAAAAGCAUCCUGAAGUCUUAUUGAGUCACCCAUCCAAGCCAGCUCAUGAAGCAGCCUUGGAGGCUAGGGCCAGUCCAGAGAAGAGUGACCGAUUUCAGCAAUUGGAGAGAGAAGUGGCACUAUUCCGGGAAGAAUCCAGUAAGGCUCAAGCCGAAGUGGAUCGUCUGCUGGAGAUCCUAAAAGAGAUGGAAAAUGAGAAGAAUGAUAAAGAUAAGAAGAUAGCAGAACUAGAAAGCCUCACCUCAAGGCAAAUUAAAGAUCAGAAUAAAAAAGUAGCAAACCUGAAGCACAAAGAACAAGUGGAGAAGAAAAAGAGUGCACAGAUGCUGGAAGAAGCUAGGCGGCGGGAAGACAAUCUUAAUGACAGUUCUCAGCAAUUGCAGGACAGUCUGCAUAAGAAGGAUGAUCGGAUUGAGGAGCUAGAAGAAGCCCUAAGAGAAAGUGUACAGAUAACCGCAGAGCGGGAAAUGGUGUUGGCACAAGAAGAAUCAGCCAGGACACAUGCCGAAAAACAGGUGGAAGAGUUGAUGAUGGCAAUGGAGAAAGUAAAGCAAGAACUGGAUUCUAUGAAAGCAAAGCUAUCCUCUACCCAGCAGUCUCUGGCUGAGAAAGAAACCCACUUAACCAGCUUGCGGACUGAGAGGAGGAAACAUUUGGAGGAGGUCUUGGAGAUGAAACAAGAAGCCCUUCUCGCUGCCAUUAGUGAAAAAGAUGCCAACAUUGCUCUGCUGGAGCUGUCAUCAUCCAAGAAAAAAACCCAAGAUGAAGUAGCUGCACUGAAACGAGAAAAAGACCGUUUGGUGCAACAGCUAAAGCAACAGACUCAAAAUCGCAUGAAAUUGAUGGCGGAUAACUAUGAGGAUGAUCACCUCAAAGCGUCAUCUCAUCCCAACCAAACUAACCACAAGCCCUCCCCAGACCAGGUAAUUCAGCCCCUUUUAGAUCUUGAUCAGAAUCGCAGCAAGUUGAAGUUGUAUAUUGGACAUUUGACAGCCCUGUGCCAUGACCGGGACCCCCUGAUUCUCCGUGGACUCACCCCUCCUGCUUCCUACCACUUGGAUGAUGAUCGUGCAGCUUGGGAGAAGGAGCUGCAGAAGAUGACACUAGAGCAGCUUCACGAUGAACUGGAAAAGGGUGAGAGGGACAGCGCAGAGUUACAAGAAUUUGCCAAUGCCAUUCUACAGCAGAUAGCUGAUCACUGCCCUGACAUUCUGGAGCAAGUUGUCAACGCACUUGAGGAGUCGUCAUGACCCAAACCAGUGUAGUCCCCCCGAAAGCAGCAAGCCCAGGGGCCAAGUCUAAUCAGUCCAUGGAGUAAUGAAGUUGGAGAAGAGGAUCAGAGGGGAAGAAAGGAACCAAAACUUAUUGGUGCACCUUUUUAUUUAAAAACAAAACAAAAACCUAAACUCUUAUCUCAGCCGUUAUCUCCAUAAGUACUGAAUCAUGCCUGCAUUCAUCUUCUCACUGCCUUUCUACUUUGGAAUAUGCCUCUCAGUUACCUUUCCUGUUGGCUUUGGGAUAUGUCUGCCCAGAGUCCAUUAAGCAUGGAAGUGGCAAUAUUUAGACAAAAUUAGUUCUAGUGGUUCUCAGAAGUGGUGGCAAAGGAGCACUUGUCUUUAUUUUAUUUCCAGUUAGUAAACAUCUUGGCCUACUUUAAUUAAUGAGGGAAAUUGAGUGUGCUCCGAUACUGGUCCACAGUUGGCCAAAUUCAGUUUUGCUUGCUCAAGAUUUGCAACCUACAUGCGAGUUUUAUCCUAAAGGGGGAAGAUAUAGACAGAAGGAGAGUAUCCCUUGUUCUCAGUGGUAGUUAAGCAAGAAUAAGAAAUGUUGUUGUAUUUUCUCUGUUCUGCCUAUUGCAAACAUAAUUUUUGUUUACCAAAUGGCCUAUGAAAUGCUGAUGGCUAUUUUCUUUAGCUGGCUCUUAGUUUUCUGGCCAGUUUCAGUAUCCUACCUUAUUUAUAUCUCUUUGCAUUCUUGUUUGCCAGGUGUUCUCUUCAUGCUUCACUGUACAUUUUUCCUAUUUCUGAUACCUUAGUGGAUUACUUCAUGAGCUACACGAAGUACUAAAGAUGGCCAUGCCUUUUGCUGUACCUUUUGUAGCACCACUGCAGUGAUGAGUGAACCCAAUAUAGCUUUUCUAAAUGGCAUCCUGUUAACAUAUCCAAAUUUAAGAAUCUGAAUAUUCGUGUCUUUUGCACUAAUUGUGAGAACACGGUUUUGCUCUGGGCAAUGCUAGUUUUAUGCAUUAUGUCAUUCUUCAGGCAUUCACCAAAACAGAGCUCUGGUAUCACUUUAUUUCCUCCUUAGAGGAACUUACUGUCUGAUGUUUCUUUCAGAUUUUAGGGUUAAGAAGAUCUUUUAGAGCAGAGAAAAAGGAAUUAAGAUUUGGAACCAAAUGCUGUAACAAAAGGAGCACUGGCCAUUUUAAUGGUUUUCUGAACUGCUUUGCCUCUAUAAUUAUUAUCCUAAUGGCCAUGCUUGGUUUGUCCAACUUAAGUGUUUCAUACAUGGAAGUGCCCAUAAUGUAGUUCCUUUGACUCUGCAUUCUGAGUUUAUAAGGCAGAAACUCUGAAGACCCUUUUCUUCUUUUUCAGAUACAGCAACACAUCCCCCAUCAGCAAACACUAAGACCAUAUUAGAGAACUGCCCCCUUCCACUCUAUUGUAUUUUUCCUUCAAAUCUGGCAACCCAGACUGUGACAUCACUGACUUCUAAAUAGGAAAGAAUCUCUGUAAAAUGAAAUGGGUCCUUUAUGAAUGCUUUUAUAACAUACAGUGUCUGACUUUGAUUAUGAAAUGAUGCAGCAGGACCUUUUGGUGCCAAGUUCGUAAGAGAGGCUCCAACUCUUCCUUUCUUUGGUAUCUGUGCAAAGGUACCCUGAGAAUACCGGGGGCAGCAUAAAUAAGCUUUGUUUUGAGUGGAAGCGAUGUGUUUCCCUUGGUUCCUCAAUGAGAGAUGCACAUUGCUCUCUUAGCACCUUCAUGGCUUCAGAGAUCUGGAAUGGUUUUUAGAGCUGACGGCAGAAAUAGCUUGUGGCUGUUACUUUUAUCAUAAAGGUUUUUUGGGCGGGGGGCUGAAUGUUCUCAAGGCUGAAAUUGCCUUUACCGGAAGGCAUGUAGACAGUGACUGUACAUACCACUGAGCUACGCUUCAUACCAGAGCCGCGCCUUUGGCCCUAUUGUUUGAGUCAGCACAUUUUGAUCGGAGCUCCUGUUUUGAAAUCUCCCUUGUAGCUUUUUCUUCUUCAUCCCUCAUUACUCACUGUAGGAAUUUAAUGCUGCCUGUAAAACCAUUGCAGCCUUCAGGCCUAACAUCUUCCCAUCACCGCCACUCCCUGGCUCUCCUAUUAAGUUAUAUAGUCAGGUCUCUAGCCGCCCUUGUUCCCUGCUGUAAAACAAUCCGCUCUCUCUGUGGGAGAAGUGGUGGGAUUUUUCUUAUCUGCACUGAAACAAUUGCUGCUUGUAAACCUCUUACUGAGAUGCUUCUUUAUAGGGCCCUCCCCAGCCUAAAGCAGGGAGGAAGGGAGCUAGUCAGAGAUCGUUGCUUGUGGUUGCUACUUCAUCCCUGUGUGUUUAUGGCACUAACCAUCAAUCAUAGUUCUCCAUGCUAGUAUUUUGGAGCCUUUAACUCAACUGCCACCAUGUGGCUGUGCUGCUACAAAAGCUGGAUCUCUUUCAGCAGAGGCUAGCCAUCCCUAGGACAGUGUGUACUGGGCAAACUGCAAUUAAAUCGUGAUAAAUCCCAUUGUUUACGCUCUCCUCUUCUCACAGCUUGUUCUCCAAGGAGAUUUGUCAAGCAGAGCCAAUUCCCACGGUGGCCAUUUGGUCUUUAUCAUCCAGCAACAUACCUGCUCUUUGAGCCCUUCCCCCUCCACCCCCAAAUCUGGAAUGUGCCUCCCUUGCAAUUUCUCCUUACUCCCCCAUCAUACACACAACACCACACCACACCACACACACACUUUUCACAUCAAUCGUGCCACCCAAAAUCCUAAUCUAAGUCCUCCCAAAAGUGCUUUAGUGGGGGAAGGGGUUACCUUGGAGCAGGCCUGCUCUGGCUUCAGUAUCAAUUAACCAUUGGAGAUAAUCUCCCUGAUGCCAUUUGGAUAGUUGUCCUGUGUGUCUGCAUUUCUCUAGGAGGUGUGGGGCCUUAAAUACAGGGUGGUGGUGUUGAACAUGGCCUGCUUCAACUUGUUUCCCUUUAACAGUAGAGUGCAAGGUACUUGUGGAUCUAAUUAACUUGGUCUCUGUUACAAGGUGGUAUCAAAUCCACAUGUCAGAAAAGUCAUAUGGUCAUCUGACUGCCAGUGACACCAUCACAGCUCUCAUAGUCUCUGCCACAUAUGCUGUACGUUAGAUCCAUUACGUGUGUCCAGAAAACACAGCACUGGACAGUUAUGUUGUAGAAGCUCCUCUUUUUUAUAAGUCUAGUUUUCAAUCAUAGCCUCUUAUCUAUUAAUUCCAAAAUCUCUUGGUUAUUCUAGUCAUAUUAAUGAAGUUUUGUUGGCUGGAUUAAGAUGAGGCUUGGCUAUAUGUAAGGAAUAUGUUUUGAUUCUUUCAGACUGUACAGAUGCUAAUUUUUAAACCUCAAAAGGGGUUUAUAAACAUCAGGAACUCUUUCUAGAGGGAGAAAUGGGACAAUUCAGCUUAAUUCUGUGCAGUUACUAAUAGUUAACUUGGGAAAUUCAGGUACCUCCACUGAACAGCUUCAUGAUCCCAAGGAAUUCAGUUUUUUAUUCCAAUAUGGUCAAAUCCAGGCAAAAAAGACUAAUAUGAAUUUCAGUUUAACUUCAAAAUUCCAUAGUGACACCAAUUACUAAUGUCCUAGGCCGGGGAGCAGGGGGCGGGCUAAUAGAGGCACAUUUUGGUGAAAUAACUUCCUGCUGUAUUGGGUAUGUUAAAAUGACUGCCUUUGACCAUUUUUUCCCCAUUCAAAAAUGCCAAACACUCUCUGGAAAUCCCAAAAGUUAGCCGCAAUUAAAGGAGUGAGGGCUGUGGUGAGAGACAAGCAUGUGCCAUCGAACAGUAGUUCACUCUAGCAAACUUCCAUCCAUAGGAACUUUCUCAGUACAUUUUGCAAGAUUGUUGUGAAUUUUUUGUUCCAUGGGAGUGUUGAGCAUCUGCCUUUAUUCUAACAUUCAAGGAGUGUUCUGCUGUUUGGGGAAAUUCUUAGGGGGGGGCACCAUUUUCCUCCUGCCUCAUACCCUAUUGCCCUUGAGUGCCAUGAAAUUUUUCAUACCAGAAGAUAGCAGAAUAAUUUUAUAUUGAUUUAUCUCUUUAUAAUUUUCAUGGUAUCUUAGCAUAGGCUCUUGCAAUUACCUUAACCUUAGUGAAACAAAAAUGGGCUAUGCUUCUAUCAAAGUGUAUGGAACUAUAACCCCCAUCAGAGAACCAAGCAGGAGAAGAAAUGGAAAGCAGAUAACUUUGGAUUUAAUAACACUGCCCCAGUGAAGCUAGCGGGGUGGGGACGUUGAGCAGUGGGUGUCUUGGGGGCUGCCAGAACUGACAAGACAAACUCUUCUCUUGCCAAUCACUCUGUCUUGUCUAUGCAGCCGGUGCUGUUUUUAUAAAGAAAAUUUAUUUUUUAACUUUUUUCCAUUAAGUAGAGGGAGCCUUAUCCUUCUGAACAAAAUGGCUGUCUCUGCUGACCUUUUUUAAAAAAAUGAAAAAUAAACCAUUUCCAAAUUUUUUAGUGUCAAAAGUGUAAACGUAAAAAAUACUGACUUUUUUCCAGUGUGUGUGGAGAGUGCUGUAACCCUGUCAUUGGUAUCUCCCCUUGACCUUUUCAGGGAUGGUUUUUCCUCCUGUUUUCUCUGCUUUUCAAUUAUUGUCUGUGUGGUCCUCAGACUGGGACAGUUACCGAUAAUGUGUGUCCGUUGUCAGAUUUAAAUAAAAAAGAUAGAAGUAGAAAUGCAAAAAAAAGUUGUGUUUAAAAAUAUAUAUAAAAUUUUAAAUGUGUCAUCCAAAGGAAUUCAAAAUAUGAUACAGCAAAGUUCUAGACUCCUCCUCCCAGUUUUAUAAGGAAAUGGGUUUUUUAAGGCUCAAGAUACCUUUCAAUUGCCUUUGAUAGACCAAGGAAGACCAAACCAGUGUGGCCUCUUAGGAAUGUUCCUGAUUCUGGACUUUAUCCCCUGCGUGAUACUGUAUUGUAUGGACUAUCUUUUAAAUUUUAAAAUAUAGAAGGGACAGGAAUUUAUAAACCAGCCUUCACUAGCAGCUAUUUUUUUCUGUGGGUAUCCCCUGACGCUGUCAUACUGCAGGUUUAAAGUAGAAGAGAUGUAUUGAAGCAUAUUUGCACAGACAUUAGCCCCUGUUUACAAAACAGGGGCUUAAUAUUUCUAAAUGCACCUUCACCUCUGCUGAUGCCCAUUUUUUGUGUGUGAUUUUUCUGUAAACACCUGCUUUGAAAAUGUUACCCCAGAAUUUUACAACAAAGGGCUUUUCCCACACCAUUGGAACAUUUGGAUUCAACAUUAAAAGCCAACAUAAAUGUGUUUAUCAUAACUAUAUUUGCUGUUGCUUCUAGUCACAUGUUAAAUUGUUACAUCUGAAUGUACUUUUAGAAAAUACAUAAUCCUGAUUAAUUUGGGGAAUAUUCAUAAUAUUUUCAAUCUGAAGUUACUAGUGUUCCAGUGCUAGAAUCUACUUGAUUCACUGUCAGGUGUUCCAGGUGGAAUUACAUUUCAAAGACUGGAAUCAAUGCAAUUGGUUUGUAGUCUCACACUUAGAACAUGCUUCUUAAUGUAGGAUCUAAGUAUUAAGUCAAACUUGAUACUACUCCUUUAAUCUAGUUUUUUCCAUUCACCUCUCCUCCAUCAGCCCUUUCAGAUAAUGGUUCACAUGAAGUCUGGCAUCUCUCAAUCCUUAAACCCAGGAUUUGCCCUAGUACUGGCUUCAAUUGACACACCCUACAAAUAGGUCACAAGUUUUAUUUCUUUACUAGUCCCCUACCCUUCAGUGAUUAGUUUGGUGUGCUAGAUCCUAAGAUUUAAUGCUUACCAAAUGUUCACAUCUUGUUUAGGGUCAGUGCAUAAAGUAAAUUGAAUUAUAUCCAGAAGACCCUCCUAUAAACUAAUGUAACAUGCUAUGUAUCCAUCCCUGCCAAAACAGUAUUGCAGCUACUUCCCUCUGAUUCACCUCAUGUUAGAAGCAGGACACCAGAUUCUGCUUUAUCAAAUUAUUCAUGAAGGCAUUACAGUGGGCUGUUCUACAGGGUGGAAAUUUGUGGGACGUCCUUCCCACACACACGCAUACAAACACACUACAGAUGGGGAUCUUUUAUCUACUUGGAAAGUAAUGCGUUGCACUUUAACAGAGGAGGAGACAAGCUUUGCAUAUAUAGUCUGACAUACUUUGAUUUCCUUCUGGAAGGAACAGCAGCGGGAGAUGAUAGAUGUCUGUGAUGCAAGUGCGCACGCUGCCUUCAACUUAUAUGUGUUUUAUUGAUGGAGUAAUGUUACUGACAGGAUAAUGAAUUGCAAAGAAAUCGUGUUAUAUUCAACUUUGCCUUGAUAAUAUAAACACUUUUGUUCUUUUUUUUCCUUUUUUAUUCACAAACUUAUGUUCAUCAGGAAAUUAUAAAAUUAUUUAAAAAUU